UGCAUGGUAUGCUCAUUGAUAUAUAUGAUUCUAUGACGUUCUGUGACGUUCUUUUCUCUAUGAUAUAAAAAUUUUAAUAAUUCUAUUUUAAUUUUUUCAUCAUAUAUGUGUUUGUGUAUAUAUAUUUACAAUUACUUAAAUCUUUCGGCAUAUAAUGAAUUUUAUUAUUAAUUAAAUAUUUAAUUUUAAAUAUUUAUAAUUUAAAAUAUAUUUAUAAUUCUACAAUCACUUAACCAAUAUUUUAAUUAAUUUAAAUCAAUAAUAAAUUUAUUAAAUAAUAAUUAUUAUAUUAAAUUUAUUUAUUUGAUAAUUUUCUAUUUUUAAAAUGAAAAAUUCAAUAAGAAUUAUAAAAAAAAAAUUGAUUGUAUCGCUUAUAUUCGCAAAUAUAAUAACAUUAUGUUCUAUAGUUGAAAGUUCCGAAACGGAUGAUUCAAAUGAUGAAUCUUAUCAUUGUAGUAGUCACACUUUUGACAGACAAACAAAUAUAAAGAAUUAUUAUAAGAAAGAAAUACAAGAUUCUUGUUUGGCGAAUGAUAUUCUUCAUGUUUAUCAUGAAAAGAUUGUGAAUUCUAUAAAUCAUUUAAAAAACAUGAUUAAGAUAAAGACGGGUAUUUUCACGAUUGGUACAAACGAUCCAAUUUUUAUUGCUGACGGCGAAGGACCAAAACAGCAAAUAUAUUUAAAUAGUUUUUACAUAGAUAAGACGGAAGUGAGUAAUCGCGAUUUUGCAAAAUUCGUUGAUGCCACUAAUUAUAAAACAGAAGCAGAAAGAUUCGGAGAUUCAUUCGUAUUUGGAGGUCUGUUAAAACAAAAAGAUCAAGAAAAUGUAACGUUUGUUGUUGCUCAAGCUCCUUGGUGGUUACAAGUAAAAAAUGCAAAUUGGCUACAUCCAGAGGGUCCUGAAUCAAAUGUUAAGAAUAGAAUGGAUCAUCCUGUUGUUCAUAUAUCAUGGAACGAUGCUAUUGCCUAUUGCAAUUGGUUAGGAAAACGAUUACCUACUGAAGCAGAAUGGGAAGUUGCAUGUCGAGGAGGAUUGUCGGAUAGAUUAUAUCCAUGGGGAAAUAAAUUAAUUCCAAAUGGUCAAUACAGAGCAAAUACAUGGCAAGGUAAUUUCCCAAAUAAUAAUACCAAAGAAGAUGGAUAUGAAGGUACAUCACCCGUUAGAGAAUUCCCACCAAAUAAAUAUGGAUUAUAUAAUAUGAUAGGAAAUGUUUGGGAAUGGACAUUUGAUUGGUGGACAAUUGAAAUCAAAACACGAGGCGGAUUUGUUAAUCCUACUGGACCAAGUCAAGGUAUAAAUAAAGUGAAAAAGGGUGGCUCCUAUCUUUGUCACAAGAGUUAUUGUUUUCGAUAUAGAUGUGCUGCACGGAGUCAAAAUACUCCUGAUACAACAGCUGGAAAUCUUGGUUUUAGAUGUGCGCUAUCAGCUUAAUUUUAUAUUUAAAUGAAUUCUUUUAAAUAAAUAAUCUGAAUAUUUCUUCUUA